UGGACAGACACAGGAGUAGCACAACAUGUGGACUCCACUGGUACUUUGUCUCCUGGUUGCAGUUGCUGCACAGGCAGAGAACUCACCAUGGAAAUCCAACACCCAGUACAAGUACACAGUGCGAGGUCGCACUUUGACUGCCCUUCACCAGGUGGCAGGCCAGUAUGCAGGAAUUGUCAUGAAGGCUUCCGUCAACGUCCAACAGAAAUCUGACAACAUUGUCUCCGUCCAGGUGAACUCUGCCGAGUACGCCGAUGUGCACGCCAACCUGUCACAGGGCUGGUGGUCACCCGUCCCUGAGAACCAGCUGCACUACCAGCAGAUGCCCUUGAGCAACAAGCCCUUCGAACUCAAGUACAAGAAUGGAGCUAUCGACGCCAUGGUGGUGAGCAAGAACAUCCCCACCUGGGAGUUGAACAUGCUCAAGAGUAUUGCUAGCCAGCUGCAGGUUGACACUCGUGCUGAGAACCUUCAGAAGUCCCGCAUCAACAGCCUCCCCAACAAGGAGAAUGUCAACGGUGUCUACAAGACCAUGGAAGACUCUGUCGGUGGAGAGUGUGAGACCUUGUACGACGUCUCUCCCCUCCCCAAGGUGGUUCUUGAGAACAAGCCUCAGCUCGCUCCCAUGCCCCAGCUCCAAGCCGAUGGACAACUCAUUGACAUCGUCAAGACCAGGAACUUCAGCAACUGCGACGUCCAGUCUGACUACCACUUCGGCAUCACCGGUCUUACUGACUGGGAACCCGCCUCCAACCAGAUGGGACAAUUCCUCGCCAGGUCUUCUGUGAGCCGAGUGGUUAUCUCUGGUAAUCUGCAACGCUACACCAUCCAGUCUUCUGUCACCACCAACAAGAUCAUUGCCAGCCCCUUCCUGUUUGACAAGCAGAACGGCAUGGUCGUCAGUCGCAUGAACCUGACGUUGGUCGACGUCAAGUCUGCCAGUGGCUCUCCUCAGUCUCCCCCCAACCCCCAGACCAUCAAGAACUUGGUCUACGAGUACAACCCUGCCUCCUCCGAUGAGAACAACCAGCAGAGGCAAGACAGGCAAUACAACGAGAACGACUCCAGCUCCAGCAGCUCUUCUAGCUCCAGCUCUAGCUCCAGCUCCAGCUCCAGCGAGUCUAAUGAGUUUCAAAACUCCAAGAAGAACAACCGCAACAACAACGAAGAUCAGAAGCGUUCCAACAGACAGGCACGAUCUGUAGACAACCAACACAGGAGGAACAACAACGAUGAUGAGUGGAACAACCAAAGCUCUGACAACCAGGACAACUGGAACAAUAAGCACAGCAAGAACAACCAGCAAGAGAGGAGAAACCGUGACAGCAGAGCCAAUGAUGAAGACUGGAACAACCAGAAAAGAAAGAAUUGGAACCACAACAACUCUGACUCUUCUUCCUCUUCUUCCUCCUCCUCCUCUGACAGCAGUAGCAAUGAGAGCCGAUACGGAAAGAUGAGGAAUGCUCAGGGAUCCAACAAGAACUCAGCCGAAUCCUCUGAAUCUUCCUCCUCAUCUUCCUCCAGCUCUUCUAGUUCUGACUCCAGUGAUAGUGACAGCAGCAGCUCUUCCAGCUGGUCUUGGGACAGCAGCGAAGAAGAGAGCUGGCAACCAAAGCCCAAGCUGAAUGAGGCCCCUAAGAUCCCCUUCCUGCCUAUGUUUGUUGGAAACCAAGGAAACACUAUCCAAGCUGCCAAGGAGAUCAAUGCUGUUUCCAUUGUCAAGAAGAUUGCCUACCAAAUCGGUCAAGAGAUCCAGACCCCUAGCGCUAUUCCCGGCCAGAAAACCCUGAAGAAGUUCACUGUGCUGUCCCGAGUUCUGAGAACCAUGAACCAGAAGCAGAUGGAAGAAGCCAGCAAAGAGCUUUACUUCCCUCUGUCCAAGGCCUCCAGCUCUAGCUCCAGUGAUGCCCAGAAAUACCAAUCCUGGGUUGCUUUCCGUGAUGCCGUUGCUCAGGCCGGUACUGGCCCCGCUCUUCUCACCAUCAAGGAAUGGAUCCAGUCUAAGAAGGUUCAAGGAAACGAAGCUGCUGAGCUUCUGUCUGCUCUUCCCAACUCUGCUCGCUUCCCCAACACUGAGUACAUGAACGCUUUCUUUGCUCUGACCACCAGCUCUGAAGUCCAGCACCAGCAGUUCCUUAACACCUCUGCCAUGCUGUCCUUCUCUGAGUUGGCCCGUAAGGCUUUUGUCAGCAACUCCACUGCCUACAACCGUUUCCCUGUCCACGUCUUUGGAGCCCUCAAGCCCAAGAAGGAGCAGCCCGUUGUCCAGCAGUACAUCCCCUACUUCGCUCAAGCUCUCAAGCAGGCCGUCAAGCAAGAAGACAGCAUCAAGAUCCGUACUCUGACUCUGGCCCUCGGAAACUUUGCUCACCCUAGAAUCCUCAAGGUCUUCGAGCCUUACCUGGAAGGCAAGGAGCCCAUGACUCACUUCCAGCGUCUGACCAUCGUUGUUGCUCUCAACAAGCUGGCUAAGACAUACCCCAAGGUUGCUCGUCCUGUCCUCUUCAGGAUCUACCAGAACACUGGAGAAGCUACUGAGCUCAGAGUUGCUGCUGUUUACCAACUCAUGAAGACCAACCCUCCUGCACAGAUCCUCCAGCGCAUGGCUCAGUUCACCAAUGACGACCAGGACCCUCAAGUCAUCUCUGCUGUCAAGUCUUCCAUCGAAAGUGCUGCUAGGAACUUGAAGAACCGUAACCAUGCUCAAUUGAGAAUGAACGCUCAGUCUGCUCUCAAUAUGCUGAACCCCAAGCAAAUGCCCGCUCAGUACUCCAAGAGGAACAUGCGCUCUUCCAUGUUUGACCAACUGAACCUGGCCUACAAGCAGUCCGUCAGCUACAUCGGCAGUGACGACAGCUUCCUGCCUAGUAACAUCUUCUACUCUCUCCGUCGUAACCUUGGAGGCUUCAAGAUGCAGUCUACUGGAUUUGCUGCCAUGACCUCCAGCAUUGAUGCUCUUGCCGACCUCAUCGACGACCAGUUCGCUGAUGACGACUCUUCUUCUUCCUCCCCCUCUGGCCGCAGGAACAACAAGCAAGGAAGCCGCCAGAACUCUGGAUCCGACUCUAACUGGAACUUUGAUAAGAUCAACAACAUGCUGAACAUCCAGAACCCUGAGCAAGAACAAGUUGAAGGAAGUCUGUAUCUGUCUACACCCGGUGGAAAGCGAUUCUUUGCUUUUGACAACCACACCAUUGAAAUGCUUCCUCAGUUGGUCAAGAAUGCUGCUGCUUCUCUCCGCACUGGCAGGAACUUCAACUACACCAAGAUCACCAACAAGCACUCAGUGACUGUUGCUUUCCCCACCGCCAUGGGUCUUCCAUUCGUCUUCUCCCUCAAGACUCCCACUCUGAUGUACAUCGGAGGUCAAGCUCAAGCUAAGAGCCACCCAGACCUUGCCAGUGGAAACAGCCACGAGAUCCAGGCCCCUCAGACCGUCAAUGCCUCCAUUGACAUGCACUUUGUUUACUCCUUCCGUGCCCAGGCUCAAAUGGGAUUUGUUACUCCCUUCAACCGUCAACACUACGUCGCUGGAGUCAACCGGAACUUCCAGAUCAACUUGCCCAUCAGAGCUGAGAUUGACUUUGAUGCCGUCAACAACAACAUCACUGCCCAGGUCAAGCCUCUGGACAACCACAACAAGCAGAAUGUGUUUGAGUACAGCACUGAGCCCUACACUGGCAAACACAACAUCCUGAAACUGGCCCAGAACCCUCAAGAGCAGAUCCAUGAGGCUAACAACAACAACAGAAACACCGUCCAUGUCCGCCGUGCUAACCAGAUGCACAAGACCAUCGGCCAGGACAGCACUGGUUUUGCCUUUGACUUUGACUACCACAGUGAACAGAAGUUCCUUGAUUUUGCUGCCAUCUACAACGAGGCUCACAAGCACCAAGACCCCAUGUCAGCCGUCAUGUACGCUUGGGCUGAGGACUCCAUCAAUGUCAACAACAUCACUCUUGCCUACAACCCCCAGAAGUCCACUGCUAAAUACGCUCAACUCUCUGCUGCUUUCCUUGACAACUCUGAGGAUGAGAGCAACAACAGGGACUCUCACAGUGGAAACAAGAACUACCGCAACAGUGAACGUAGCGAAAACAAUGACAACAGCGACAACCAGCACGCUUCUGCCAACGACAACAUCUCCGCUAACAUGGCUAAGCCUUCUUCUUCUGCUCCUGGCUCCCAGAAGAGACAACAGGAGUUCCUGCAGAAGGUCCAACGUGGCAUUCAAGACAGUGACGCCUAUGUACUUGACCUCGCCGCCAGGUUUGAGGGUCAGACCAGCGCUGAAUACGUCGCCACCGUCGCUGUGGCCGCCAGCAAUGUCUCCGCCACCUCCAGGCUUCUGUUCUUCGCUGAGAAGAACCCAGCCCAAACCAACAGUGACAACAAGCACGCUCAGAUCUAUGCUGCAGCUGAGACCUCCAUGCCCAAUGUUCCUCUGAUGAACUACAACAAGGCUCUCAAUGCUGACCCCACCUCCUACUUCAACGCUGAGGUUGCUUUUGGUGAGAUGUCUGGUGAACCUGCCCGUGUCCAGUUCAAGGGUAAGAUGCAACAGAGCCAAGCUCGCCGUCAGUACCUGGAACAGUCUCCUCUGGCUCACAAGUGCAAGCAGCAGAUGCAAGAAGGCAACACUGUCCAGUACGCUUGCCGCAACGUCACCUCUCAGGCUAACCUGCUGGACCAGUACAAGCUCAACAUCCACUUUGACAAGGUCCCCGCCUCUCUGAAGAACGCCACCUACAAGGCCUACGCUGCUCUGCGCUACGCUGCUUGGCAAUACGUGAAAGAGGAUCUCAUCAGCGCCAACAACCCAUCCAACAAGAUCGAGCUGGAAGCCAACUUCGCCCCUGAUCUCAAGUCUCUCAAUGCCACUCUCAGAGCUCCUCUGCUGUCUGCUCAGUUCAACAAUGUCCGCCUCAACAGAUACGUCGCUCCCUUGGUGGUCAUGCACCCCGAGUACAGCCCUCUCGAGAUGUACGCCCAAGAAGUCUUCAGAGGACAACAGUUCCCCACCUGUGCCAUCGACAACAACCAGGCUCAGACCUUUGACAACAAGUCCUACCCCAUUAAGCUGGGCAAGUGCUGGCACGCCAUGUUCCACUACACUCCCAAGGACGACCCCACCAGCAACAGCGCUUCCAAUGAAGACGAUGACCAGCAAAUCUCUGUCCUUGUCCGUGAUGCCUCCUCCUCCAACGAGAAGGAAUUGAUGAUCGUUAUUGGUGACAAUGCUAUCCAGAUGCAGCCCACCUCAGGAAACAGCCCCGCUAACGUCAAGGUCAACGGACAGCAGACUCAAGUGUCAAUGAACAGACUGACUACCCUGGAAGACCAGGAUGGAGAAGCUUACGCCCAGAUGUAUGCCACUCCCGCUGGUGAGAUCCGCUUGUACGCUCCUCAACAAGACAUCGAGAUCCAGUACGACGGCACUGCCAUCAAGGUCAAGGCCCAGAACAGCUACCGCUCAGAAGUGCGAGGCCUCUGCGGUACCUUCAACACCAAGCCUGAGGAUGACUUCACCACUCCUCAAGACUGUGUCCUCCAGAACCCCUUCGAGUUUGCCGCUUCAUACGCUCUGGAUGACAGCUCCUGCCAGGGACCUGCCAAGGAACUGAAGCAGCGCGCACAACAGAAGAUCAGCAACGGUCAGUGCUACCGUGACGUCGUCAUCUAUGGUAACGCUGUGGCCGAUGAGGAAGCCGAGAGCCCCAACUCCCACCACAACUCCAACAGGAAGUCUUCCAAGGGAAGGAAAUACCAAGGCCAAAACGACAAGUACAGCCAGUGCUCCAUGAAGCGUAUCCAAGUGAUCGAGAGGGACGGCAAGGACUGCUUCAGUGUUCAGCCUCAGCUCGAGUGCUCUGACAACUGCAAGCCUCAAGGCUCUGUUGAGAAGCAGGUUGAGUUUGUGUGUCUGCAGCCUAGCUCUACCACCCAGCACUUCAAGAGCAUGAUCAACAGGGGAGCCAACCCUGACUUCAGCCAGAAGAAGCCUGUCCAGAGCUUCAGAAUCAAUGUUCCUGAGAGCUGCAAGCAGUCCUCCACUUACUAAUCAUGUUUUGUCUAUAAAUAAAAUGUGAUUUUUGAGACUUAUA